AUGCACGACCUCGAAACCCUCAACUCGGGCGGCUACGCCUCAACAACCCACCUAAAACUCACCUGCCCUCUCCCCUCCGGCCUUUUCCCCUCCGCAAUCCUCUCCCUCGGCACAACCCUAACCCACCUCGAUCUUUCCGGCACCGGCCUCUCCUCGCUCCCCUCCAACUUCGGCACCUCCCUACCCAACCUCCGCAUCCUGUCAAACGGCAUGGUUUCCAUCCCUGAGGGCUCUCUCCCGACGAAGACGCUGCGCUGGUUAAUUCUGACGGAUAACAAGAUCGAAAAGCUGCCGGAGGAUUUAGGAAGGUGUGAGAAUUUGGAGAAGUGUAUGCUUGCUGGAAACAGUUUGAGUAGUCUACCGGCUUCCGUGGGAGAGGGUUGGAAAAAUCUGGCGCUGCUGAGGUUGAGUGCCAACCGGUUUGAGAGUAUCCCUCAGUGGCUUUUCACCAAUCUGCCGAAGCUGGCGUUUUUGUCAUUUGCUGGGAACCCCUGUGUCGAGAAACAGACGGGCGAGGCGACGGCGAAGGCGGGGAAGAGGUUCGAUUUGGAAGCGAUUGAGUGGGAGAAGCUGGAACUGCAGGAGACGCUUGGGGAGGGCGCGUCGGGGGUGAUUGGUAAAGGGUUGUGGAAGCAGAGUGAGGAAUAUGCGGAGGAGGUGGCGAUUAAGGUCUUCAAGGGCGGGGUGACGAGUGAUGGGACGCCUAGGGAUGAGAUGGCUGCGGUGUUGGCGGCGGGGUUUCAUGAGGGGUUGAUUACGGUUUUGGGGAGGGUGGUUGGACAUCCUGAUGAGGUUGUUGAGGGUGCCGCUGCUGCUGCUGAAGGGGAAGAAGAGAAAAAGAAGAAGUUCCAGGGAGGGAUCGUGAUGCAGUUGAUCCCAGAGUACUACUCGGCUCUUGGGCUGCCGCCUUCUUUCGAUACCUGCAGCCGCGACUGCUUCCCCGAGGACGCCUCGCUGAGCGCGGCCGAGGCGUUGGGUAUGUUGACGGGCAUCGCUGGAGCGGCUGCUCAUCUCCACCAGAGAGGAAUCGCUCAUGGCGAUUUGUAUGCGCACAACAUCCUGGCCAGCAAGGCGGACAGACAUGCCUUGCUGGGGGAUUUUGGUGCUGCUACCAUCUACGGCACGGACAACGAGGAGGUCUACGCUGGCAUGGAGAAGUUGGAGGUAUUGGCUUUUGCGCAUCUGUUGGAGGAUGUGCUUGGUUUGAUCAGGAGGGAGAAGGAGAAGAAGUCGAUGGAGACUUCGGAGGCGGAGUCGGCGGUUGUUGUUGCUGCCGAUGCGGCUCCUCCUGCCUUCAGAGACAGUGCCGAACUCACGGAAGAGGAAGAGGAGGCCAUUGUUCAAGGGUUGGAGAAGCUGCAGAAGCAGUGCGCUGAUCCUCAAGUUGACUCGCGACCGUCCUUUGAGGAUGUUGCGGUGGAAUUGGAGGACUUGGUUGGCUUCAGGGGGAUGAUGCGCAUUCCGAUUCCCAACCUCAACUAG